UCAAUCUAUCUUACGUAUCGCGCAUUUCAAACGAUUUGUGUGCAAAUAUAAAGAUAAUCAUGUUCAAAUCAAUGCAGCGUGAGAUAUCGUGGGACCGCUGUCGCUUCAUCGUGACUAUCAUUGCUCGUUCCCUUUGCGAUAACGGUGGUGAAAUCGCAUUGACGGUUCCGAGGAAUGUUUGUAUUCGAAAUUUUUCGUCGCAAUCACACAAGAUAGUAAAGGCGAGGAAAUAUGUGGUAGUAAAUCAUUUUGUUAAUGAAGCGAAGCCGACGGAUCUAAAACUGAUGGAAGAAGAGCUGCCGCCGUUGCAAAAUGGAGAAUACCUCGCGGAAGCUGAAUACUUUUCUGUGGACCCAUACAUGAGACCGUACGUAAGAAGAUAUCCUCUCGGGAUCACGAUGCUCGGCACUCAAAUCGCCAAGAUUAUAGAAUCUAAAAAUCCAGCUUUCCCAGUUGGCAAGAGAAUUGUUGGAAACAUGGGGUGGAGAACUCACACGAUUGUCAAUACAAAAUUCAGAGAUUUAGUGUUCCAAGAACACCCGUACCUUUUGCCAGACAUAGGUGAUUUGCCGUCAUCCCUUUGUCUUGGCAUUCUAGGAAUGCCGGGUAACACAGCAUAUUUCGGUUUGCUGGAGAUAUGCAAACCGAAAUCUGGCGAAACAAUCGUCGUCAGCGGAGCCGCUGGUGCGAUCGGCUCGCACGUAGGUCAGAUUGCCAAGAAUCUAGACCUAAAUGUCAUUGGUAUAUGCGGCUCCGAAGAGAAAUGCAAAUGGCUUACUGAGGAAAUGGGUUUCGAUUCCGCCAUCAAUUACAAGACCAUGCCAGUCGCAGUCAAAUUGCGCGAAGUUGCUCCGCAAGGCGUGAAUUGCUAUUUCGAUAAUAUUGGCGGAAAUAUCUCUAGCGCAGUUAUAUACCAGAUGAAGCCGUUUAGCCGAGUAGCCGUGUGCGGUAGCAUCUCCAGUUACGAUGCGGACAGCUCAUCUUUGCCAAAGUGUACGAUCCUGCAACCUAUUUUAUCGAGACGUGAAUUAAGAAUGGAGGGUUUCCUCGUUACACGUUGGAUGGAUCGAAGGAAUGAAGGCAUUAUGCAGAAUCUGCAAUGGCUACGUGAGGGCAAACUUCGUUACCGUGAGACUGUGACCAAAGGUUUCGAGAACAUGUUUGAGGCGUUUAUCGGCAUGUUGCGUGGCGAGAACAUCGGCAAAGCGAUUGUCCAGGCGUAGACAUCAUAUAUUUAUCGGGGCGAACCGGACCUACU